AUGUCGAGAACGAUUCUCCGCACUAUACAUACUUCGAGGGUAUUGUUGCAUGACGCAGAAGUGAAACUAACUUUUUUCUCAAAACCCAAUUGUGGGUUGUGCGAUCAAGCAAAAGAGGUAAUAGAUGAUGUCUUUGAAAGGAAAGAAUUCCAUGACAAGAGAAUUCUUUUCAAGGUAGUCAACAUAAAUGAACGAAAAAAUGCAAAAUGGUGGAAAGAAUACUGCUUUGACAUACCAGUACUACAUAUUGAAAAAGUAGGCGACCCUAAAUCAUGCACCAAAGUUUUACAUUUCCUUGAAGAAGACGAUAUUAGCGAAAAAAUAAGGAGAAUUCAAUCCAGGUGA